CGUCCCUCCUGUUGCUAGUCGCGGGUCUGCCUCAGCGGCAAAGCAAGGUGUGUGAAAACUGAAAUAAAUGGCCGUCAUGGCUCGCGUCGAGGACAAAUACUUAGCGAGGAUAACGUCCAUUCAUCAGAGCAUCCAUCAACGCCUUGCUCUUAUUUUUUUGACAAGAAUCCUUGAUAAUUUCUUUGGAAUAAAUAGCUCUCCUGUGCCUUCAGUUCUCAGAUAAAAGGUUCCAAACUGCACGGUUAUCUCAGGCAAAUCUGUGUCAGGGAGGCACAAGCGAAAAUGAGAAACCUUGAGCUUUUGAGAGAUGUGGAGUGCCUUCAAAUUAACAUGCAACAAUACAGUCCUAACCUUUUCUCUUUACAACAACAAAAGGCUGAAUUUUCAAAUAAAAUUUACAGAUUUAUGGAAGAAUUGAAGGCAACAGGGAACUCAAAGCUGAAAUCUGUACAAGGCGAUUGCGAGGACAGCUCCCUCUCUCACAUAGCAGAGGAUUUUACAAAUGCACCUGCGGUCAUCUCAAUGGGCCACCGAACCUCCGGAGGGGCCUACCAUGCAACUGGCAUCACAAGUGUACUCUCACACCAAGCAUUGCACUGUUCGCCCAAUCGUAGCAUGUACUCAUGCAAACGACUACCAAGUGGCCCUUUGAAGGACUUCACAGUUGUGAGAGAGGAAGCCACCGCCAACCGAGCACAUUUAUCAGAUGACAUUUCAGCUCCAGACAAUCCUGCCGAUGGCCAUCAUUUGACUGACAAACACGGAAAAAGGUUGGCGACGCUCCAGUUUGUUCAAACUGCAACGGUGCCUUUUGUAAAUGACGAUGAACAAGAACCUGAACCUCAGGUGACCUUGAGGAGUUCCAAGAGGAAUCCAUCUCUGGGCAGCAGCAAUAACCCAAUAGGGCUCCAGAAUCCCCCUGCUGAACACAUUAACUCCACAGCGAUUGCUCUUGCGACACCCUUAAUGGAAAAUUCCGCAAGAGGUUUUAGCCGUUUAAUGCCUGAAACAGCCGCUGCAAGAAAAUGUGAAGAUAUCUCAGGCAAAUCUGAAAGUUUCAACUCCAGCACUGAUGAUGCGCAGGUGUCGGAAAGCAGUUUGAGUAACUUGUCCAUUUCUCUGUCGCAAUCCGAGUCGGAGGAUGACGAGCCUCAGAGUGAAGCGGUUGCAAGGAAUACUGGACCUGAUGGAAGUUGCCGCAGUCCCAUCUCAAGCUUCAAGAGCACACCUCACUCACUUUCCCUGGAAGGACUCUUUAAGCUUAUACACUCCAUUGAGGGGCGACUUCAUGGUGAUCAAACAAGAGUGUAUGGGAAUUGUUCAAUUGAUGAAAGACAAUUCAUUCGAAUUAUCAGCCUUUGUGACAGUGAAGCGGGCUUGAAUGAGGAGGACCUUGAAGCAUGCGGCGCAGUGGUGCUUCAUGAGCUCCAGAGGUUGUCAUUGAGCACAGAGAAGGGUUGCCUGCUACCACAGGAGCUCGUGAGUGCACACCCGUCCAGCACAGAGCAUAUGACAGUCAGCCUCCCUCCUGAUGCCGCUCGGCUGUGGGAUCGCUGGUUCAAGCACGCCCUUCUGCUCAAGGAGAGCCGUGUCCUUAGCACUGAGCGCUUGGUCGAACUGUUUGGGCCCUUGCUCGUGGAGCGUCAUGCAACAUAUCACCACCAGGCCAAAGUGCUGCUGAGGACAUUUCUUUCCCGGUCCAGUGAGGAGUGCCCCUCAGCAGAUGAGGAGAGUGACUCUACUUGUUCUUGUGGCCCUCCGUCUCUCGCACCUCAUUGUGGAGAUGUGAAGCCUGCCAGGAGGAUCCAAGAGCAACAGAUCCAAGAACUACAAAGUGCAGAAGAGGAGAGCCACGACGAAAGCCCUGUGGAAAGUGUUCCUAUUAGAGAGACAAAAGCGUAUCAGUUACUUAAGCUAUCAGCCAUGCAAGAACGACUGCCGAGUUCUGAAGAGGAGGAGGAAGAAGUGGGAGAGCAGGAUGACGCCUCAGAAAUAAAUCAUGGCCCUGAAGUGGACCUUGGGAGGGCCAAAUGCUCCUCACAUCAAGACCCUUACCCUCGGAAAGACAAGAUGAACCCAAAGAUUUAUUCUGCUCUGCAGUCAAAAGAGCUCUGGGGGGAGUCAGAUGACAGCAACUCAGAGAUCGAAGCAGCCUUGCGUCCACAACCUUUCAACACAAAAGACGACGACACAGAUGACUUCUACGACUGAUGCUUGAAAAAAGCUGCGUUUAUAUAAAAGCGCCUACUCACACAGCUUGGCUAAAUAUGUGUUAUUUUACACCUUGACCUCUAUAUUAGUAGUCUGCAUUGUAAACCUAGCACUGGUGUUGUAAAAACAAAUAAUAAAGUUGACAACUCUCAGGCUGAGUAAAGUAUGUGAAGAGUUGCCUAACACGCUGCAGUUAA